AUGGCCGCCGUACUGCGCGGCACCCAUGAUUUGACUGAGACGCCACCCUUUCCACGCAGUGUUGGCUCGACUGCGCCCAGCUCUCCACGAAUCCCUCCCUAUCGUCAAAAUUCAGGAAGUCAAACGCCUCGAGUCCGCCCUCACGCCACUACCCUCAACAUCCCUGGCAUGACAAGAUCCCGCGUCUCCCCCGACGGUCGAAUUCCCCAGCGCGAUGUUGCCGCCAAACUCGUCAUCAUUAUGGUUGGUCUACCCGCCCGUGGCAAGUCCUACAUCACCAAGAAGCUCCAGCGCUACCUGUCAUGGCAACAACACGAGUCAAGAAUCUUCAAUGUUGGAAACCGACGCCGCAACGCCGCUGGCAUCCGCGUCUCCGUGCAGCCAAAACUCAGUCCAGAACCGGCUCGACUCGACGGGCCCGUCCAUGCCGCCUCCAUCCUCCUCAACGGCCAUCCUGCCCCCAUGCCCAUGACCGGCGCCGAUGAUACCCCCACGGAUCUGGAUCUGAACAACACCGACGACCAAAUGGUCCAGUCUGCCAAGUUCUUUGACCCCAAGAACGCAAAGGCGGCUGCUUUGCGCGAACAGGUCGCGAUGGAGACCCUCGACGAGCUGCUUGACUACCUUCUUAUCCAGGGAGGCUCUGUUGGCAUCUUUGAUGCCACCAACAGCACCAUCGAGCGCAGACGGCACAUUGUCGACCGUAUCAGAGACCGCGAACCCAAACUUGGAAUUCUCUUCAUUGAGAGUAUCUGCAGAGACCCUCUUCUCCUCGAGGCCAAUAUGCGACUCAAACUUUCAGGCCCCGACUACCGCGACAAGGAUCCCAAAAAGUCCCUCGAGGAUUUCAAGAACCGUGUCGCAGCCUACGAGAGCGCAUACGUACCGCUGGGAAAGUAUGAAGAAGAGAACGAUAUGCAAUACAUUCAAAUGGUCGAUGUGGGCCGAAAACUCGUCCAACAUAGACUGAAGGGUUUCCUCAGCGGGGGUAUCAGCACCUAUCUGUCUAGCUUCAACCUAGCCCCUCGCCAGAUUUGGAUGACGAGACAUGGCCAAAGUAUCGAUAACGAACUCGGCAAUCUUGGCGGCGAUUCUCCUCUAACCGAGCGCGGCCACUGCUAUGGUGAAUCCCUCUACCGCUUCAUCACCCAGAAGCGCAAGGAAUGGAUUAUGGAGCAGAAGAGCAAGAUGGCACAGGCCACAUUCCCGCCGCUCCCUGGUGAUAACACUCCGCCCUAUCCUGACAUGAACAGAGAGCUCGACGAGAAGAACUUUUGCGUCUGGACUUCGAUGCUUCGCCGCAGUGCCGAGACUGCCGAAUACUUUGAGGCAGACGACGAUUAUGAUGUCAAGAACUGGGAGAUGCUCAACGAACUUAACACUGGCCAGUUUGAAGGCAUGACAUAUCAAGAAAUUGCCACAAAGCAUCCAGAGGAGUUCCACAAGCGGUCCGAGGACAAGCUCAACUACAUUUACCCCGGCGUGGGCGGUGAAGGCUACCUGCAGGUUAUCAGCCGUCUCCGUGACAUGGUCCGUGAGAUUGAGCGCAUCACGGACCACGUCCUCAUCAUCGGACACCGCUCUGUCUGCCGUGUCCUCAUGGCCUACUUUAUGGACCUCACCCGCGACGAUAUCACCGACAUGGACGUCCCCCUCGGCAUGCUCUACUCCAUCGAGCCCAAGCCCUACGGCAUUGCCUUCCACGCCUACAAAUACAACGAGGAGCAGGGCUGGUUCGACGAGCUUCCUCACUACAAGCCCCAGAAGGCGGCCCGCGGCACCGUCUAG